AUUUCGACAUUGUCAUUUGUUACUGGGUUAUACCAAAUUGUUCAUCUUAAGACGCAUCAAGUCUUUCUAAAUCACCCAAUUUCCAUAUGAAAGAUGCCAAUGAUGCAAUAGAUAAUUCUUCUUGAACACAAACAAUUGUUUUCGAGGGAGCUGCCAAGAUGUAUGCAAGUCAACGCCUGCAAGCUGGAAAUGUUACAAUGGAUGAAUCGGAAGGCCUCGGCAUUCUCAGGCAUCUCAAUGUGGAAGAGUUGCAGAAGCUGCUGGAUGAUGAUGAUCGUUUGAAUGCAUUGAUAAAUGAUGUACCACAGGUUAAAAAUCUUGUUAGUGAAAAACAAAUGUUGAUGGCAAGUAACAAGAGUUUGGCCGAGUUCAACUUAUCAAGAGAACCUCGAUUAAUUCAGGGUAAAGAGAGAUUAGCCUCAGCUCAUGAGCAGGCUAAGCAACUACAGGAAGAAGUACUGGAGAACAAGGGAAAACUGUUAUCCAAUGAGGAUGAUCUGACGUUGGACACAGCACUGGCAAUGCUACAGACAAAGGCAUCCAAGACUGAAGAUGAUUCAGAGGAUUUGGCGGAAAAGUUGCUGGAUAAAUCCGUUGACAUUGAAAUAUUUCUAGAUUUAUUCAUACCCAGGAAAACCUUGGCCCAUGUCAGAAAAGUCAAAGCAGAGAAAAUGGGCGAGUUAGUGCGAUCACAAGGGACACAGCACCCUGGAGGAAAUAUGCACCAGUGGAACCAUCCAGGAGGACAGGGAAUGCCCGACCCCUCGCAAUUUAUGCGUCGGUGAUCACUAGUGUUAAAACUGUCAACCAAAUGACUGUAUUCUAGGGCAUUUUCAUAAUGUGUCCAGUGUAUAUAUCAUCUGUAGGAACACGCAAAUCUGCAAGAAAUAUUACUGGAUAUUCAAGCAGAAUAACUGCUUUUAGAUCUCUAUGAAAAACAUGUCUUUUUGAACAUAUUGCAUGUAUUGGGCACUUUGUAAUGAAAUGUAGGAGGAAACCGGAGGUUGGAGGUGUUGAUCCAUUGGCCUCGUUCAAGUUCUUCUGGACACACGUAUUGUAGGACAAGGGUUCAAAACAAAUCCUUUUAAAAUUUAUAUGAUACUUUUCUUGGCUUUUAUAUGCCUCCCACUGUGGUUCAUUAUUUUAUUUAUUAAAACCACUGUUUGGAAAAGAAUGUGGAUGUUGUAGACAUUGGAAAUAAAACUAUAUGGCUUUUACUAA